AUGGAAGAUCUUGAUCAACUUCUAGCUGACCUUCAGACUGUUAGUCGACGUGCUCGAAAUGCAUAUGAAAAUAAUGAAAAUGAAACUCGUCUUGAACCAAUGAUUCUUAAUCGAAAUCUUCCAACACAUCGAACUCGAACACUUAAUUUAAUUCGACCAGAUUCAAUUACUGAUCCAGAACCAGCACCAAAAAGUCUUAAUGAACUUAAUCAACUUCUUGAAACACUUAGUAAAGCAAAAGAAACAAUGAGAAACGAAACACAAACUCGAACAUCACGUGCAUCAAGUUCAACAUCCACAAAAUUAACUCCUAAUAUAGAAGAUUCAUCAACAAGAAAUAUUAAAUCAAUUAAUGAUUCUAUUGAUUCUUUAAAUGAUUCAAUUGAAACAAAUAGAUCAAGUUCAAGAAAAAAAUCAUUAUCAUCAUCAUCAAAAUAUUCAUCUAAAAAAUCAACAGUAACUAAAGAAUUAGAAGAUCUCAUGGAGUCAUUAAGUAAUUUUAAACUUCCAUCACAGACAUCAACAGUACGUGUUCUAUCAGAUUUACCACCUUCAUCACAACAAUAUCCUAUUUGUCAUUCUUGUCAAAAACCAAUUAUUGGACAGAUAAUUACAGUACUUGAUCGUUCAUAUCAUCCAGAACAUUUACGUUGUACUGCAUGUAAUAUUGAAAUUGGUCGAAGAGAUUUUUAUGAAAAAUCUGGUAAACCAUAUUGUGAACAUGAUUAUCGACGUUUAUUUGCACCAAAAUGUGCUCGUUGUGAUCAACCAAUAAUCGAUGUAAUGAUUACAGCUUUAAAUCGUAAUUGGCAUCCAGAACAUUUUCUAUGUGAAUUAUGUCAACGACGAGUUGGUGAAGAUGGUUAUCAUGAAAAAGAUGGAUAUGCCUAUUGUCGAGAAUGUUAUAUGAAUAAUUUUGUUCCAAAAUGUCUUGGUUGUAAACAAGUUAUUGUUGAUACAUAUAUACAAGCACUUGGUGGUCAUUAUCAUAAAAAUUGUUUUGUUUGUCAAGAAUGUUCUCAACCAUUUUUAACUGGUUCAUUUUAUGAACAUGAUCAUCAACCACUAUGUGAAUUACAUUAUCAUCAACGACGUGGUUCACUUUGUUCAUCUUGUCAAAAACCAAUUGGUGGUCGUUGUAUAACAGCGAUGGGUAGAAAAUAUCAUGUUGAACAUUUUAUUUGUUCAUAUUGUACACGACAAUUACAAAAUGGUACAUUUAAAGAAUAUCAAAAUAAACCAUAUUGUCAUCCUUGUUUUAUAAAAUUAUUUGCCUGA